AUGCAUCACCUGCACCCGCGCUCCAAAGCGACGGGCACGCUCUUUACCACCACUCUCGCUAUAUCUUUCCUCGUCGUGGCUGCACCACAUCUGCUGCCAUGUCCAGUGGACAGGAGACAAUUUGCCGACAGUUUCGAAACUGCAGACGGGAGGCGAUACAGGAGGAAGCGGAAAGACAACCAAGAGGCGGCUACUGGGCCGGGGGAGGCAGAAGCGGCGGAUGAUGCUAUCGAUGGGAACGUUCGGCCAAAGAGAGAAUGUCCUGUGCCAAAGCCCGGAGGCAUUGUGGGACAAAUCAUGGGUUUCAAGCAGGAGGAACGACAGAAGCCGGCAAAAAUCAUCGUACAGAGUUUGGACAGUAAGGGAUCUCAACGGCCGGAGCUUGAGCGCAGCAAGCCUUGA